GCGCUCUUUGAAAAGGAGUGAUGAGUGUAACGACCGGUGGGGUUUAAUUAAUAAGGGCGAGAAGGUCGAGGGUUCGAGACCUGCUUCACUACAAUACGAACGUGAGGAGGAUGUAUAAGCCCCAGAAUGGUGAGCCAGGCAGCCCAGCAGGAGCCCCAGCAGCAGAUGAUCCAGAGGUGAUAUUCCAGGUGCCUGGUCCAACCGUCUCCUUCUCCAGACUACACUACUCUGUCAUGGAGAGCAAUGGACUCUGCCGCAAGAGAGGACCUGAGAAACACAUCCUCAAAGACGUCAGCGGCAUCAUGAGACCAGGGAUGAACGCCAUCAUGGGGCCAACAGGAAGUGGAAAAACAUCUCUCCUGGAUGUGAUAGCAGGUCGUAAGGACCCAGCAGGGUUGAAGUUUGGUCAGGUUCUGAUCGAUGGGAAGAUGGUGACCUCUGACCACCUCCGACUCAUAUCUGCCUACGUGGUGCAGGAUGAUAUAUUGAUGGGAACCCUGUCAGUGAGAGAGAACUUGUUGUUCAGUGUGAACCUGAGACUAGACCCUCGACAUUAUUCUACAGCUGACAAACAGCAGAGAGUGGACAGCAUCAUAGAGGACCUGGGUCUACAGGACUGUGCCCACACCAAGAUAGGAACAGAGUUCCUGCGUGGUGUGUCUGGGGGAGAGAGGAAGAGGUGCAGCAUUGGUAUGGAGCUCAUUACUUCUCCUCGUCUUCUGUUCCUGGAUGAACCCACCACUGGUCUGGACUCUAAUACUGCUAACCACAUCAUCAACCUACUGCACAGGCUGUCUAGAAGCGGUAAGACUAUCGUGUUCUCCAUCCAUCAGCCUCGUUACUCAAUCUUCAGCCGGUUUGACCACCUGACCCUGAUGCACCGAGGAGAGUUGGUGUACGCUGGAGCUGCUGGGAAGGCCCUGAGCUACUUCACUGACUUGGGGUAUCACUGUGAGCCGUUCAACAACCCCUCUGACUUCUUCCUCGACGUCACUAACGGAGAGGCUCAGUCUACACUAGACAUCACUACAUUUAACUAUGAUGAUAAGAAGAACUGUGACAACAGCAACCUUCUGGCAGUGAGCUACAGACAGUCAACUCCGUACCAGUGGGUGGUGGAGGAGCUGGACCAUUUGACCCAGGGUCUGGAGGGAGGGGUCGCUGGUCAGGGCCAGAAGGCAGACUUCGUCACCUCCUUCUGGUACCAGAUGAGGAUAGUUGGUGGUCGUAUGGUGGUGAACUCUCUCAGGAACCCCCAGACAUCGUACGCUCAGCUGGCCCUCAACAUCUUCUUCGCUCUGCUGGUCGGCCUCAUCUACUACCAGAUCCCCCUGACUCUACCUGAAGCCCUACAGAACAGGAUGGGAGCAUUCUUUUUCCUCAUCAUCAACAUGGUGUUUGGGAAUCUUUCAGCUGUGGAACUCUUCAUCAAUGAGAGAGCUCUGUUCAUCCAUGAGAACUCUAGUGGGUACUACCGUACAUCUGUCUACUUCCUGUCUAAGAUAUUCGCUGACCUCAUCCCCAACCGCAUUGUACCUAUCCUCAUCUUCUCAGCCAUCGCCUACUAUAUGAUGGGUCUGAAGCCAGCCUUCACAGCGUUCCUGCUCUUCACACUGACGAUGUCCCUGGUCAGUCUGGCUGGGGUCAGUCUGGCGUUCCUGGUCUCAGCCUCUGUCUCCUCCUUCGCUAUGGCCAACGUCCUCAUCGCCCUGCCUUUCGUCUUCAUGAUGGUGUUUGGAGGGUUCCUGGUCAACCUUAACUCCAUGUUGUCUUGGUUGUCAUGGCUGAAAUGGAUCAGCAUCUUCCGCUACGGGCUAGAGGCGGUGACCAUUAAUGAGUUUAAAGGACAAAUAUUCUACAGCAACACAACCACUCUUCCAGGGGAGGUGUACCUGGAGACCCAGGGAAUAGACUACAGCACCUGGGGCUUCUGGCAGAACCAUGUAGCUCUGGCUGGGAUCAUUACGGUGUGUCUGGUCUUGGCCUACAUACAGCUCAGACGGAUCAACCGCUGGAAGUGACACGGGAUCAGAUUGAUCUGCACCUUCUGGAGCAACAGGGGCUGUGAGGAGAGACACAUCGCAAGAAUAGAAUCAGAUUGAUCUACACCUUCUGGAGCAACAGGGGCUGUGAGGAGAGACACAUCGCAAGAAUAGAAUCAGAUUGAUCUGCACCUUCUGGAGCAACAGGGGCUGUGAGGAGAUACACACUCUCUCCACUCCAGUCCAUUGUAAUAUGCUUGUAUUGUAUGUUUUGUGUUGUAGAAAUGCACUGGUGUUGUUAUAUUGUUAUUUGGUGCCUUAAUACAGUCUAAGUCCUGUCUGUGCCGGGGGAGGGGUUCUACUGAACGAUGUGGAGUUGUUUUAAGAAGGUCAAACGAAGGAUGUUCUUGUUAUUUGAUUUAAAGUUUGAAGACUCCUCGAGGUAUCAAAAAAAUAUAUAAAACAAAUAUUUGAUGAA